GCCGCGGGCGAGUCGCGCGGAUCGGGGCUUGUGAACCGGGCUUUGAAGGAUCCGAGGCACAGGGGGAUAUACAGGAGCUGCAGGAUGCCUGCGGUCAGCCAGAAUGCCCUUUUUGGCAUGGGGAACCCGCUGCUGGACAUCUGUGCUGUGGUGGACAAGGAUUUCCUGGACAAGUAUGGACUGAAGCCCAAUGACCAGAUACUGGCUGAGGACAAACACAAAGAGCUGUUUGACGAGUUAGUGAAGAAGUUCAAAGUCGAGUACCAUGCUGGCGGAUCCACUCAGAAUUCGAUCAAAAUUGCCCAGUGGAUGAUCCAGGAGCCCCACAAGGUAGCCACGUUUUUCGGAUGCAUCGGCACGGACAAGUUUGGUGAGAUCUUGAAGAAGAAGGCAGAGGAGGCACACGUGGAUGCCCACUACUACGAGCAGGAGGAAGAGCCCACGGGCACCUGUGCAGCCUGCAUCACUGGUGACAACAGGUCCCUGGUAGCUAACCUGGCUGCAGCUAACUGCUACAAGAAGGAGAAGCACCUGGACCUGGAGGGGAACUGGGCACUAGUGGAAAAAGCAAAAAUCUACUACAUUGCAGGCUUCUUCCUCACCGUGUCACCGGAGUCCAUCCUGAAGGUGGCCAAACACGCCUCGGAGCACAACAAGGUGUUUGCUCUCAACCUGUCUGCUCCUUUUAUCAGCCAGUUCUACAAGAAGCCCAUGAUGGAGGUCAUGCCCUACGUGGACAUUUUGUUCGGAAACGAGACGGAAGCCUCCACAUUUGCCAGGGAGCAAGGCUUUGAGACAGAAGACAUUGAGGAGAUAGCGAAGAAGGCCCAGAGCCUAUCCAAGGAGAACAAGAAGAGGCAGCGCAUUGUGGUCUUCACCCAGGGCAAAGACGGGACAAUUGUCACCAAAGGUGACAAGGCGAUGACGUUUCCAGUUCUGGAAAUAGAUCAGAGUGAGAUUGUGGACACAAACGGGGCUGGCGACGCCUUCGUGGGAGGCUUUCUGUCACAGCUGGUGCAGGAGCGAUCCCUGGAGCAGUGCAUCCGUGCAGGGCACUAUGCCGCCAACGUGGUCAUCCGCCGGGCCGGUUGCACCUUUCCCGAGAAACCGGACUUUCACUGAUGUCCAGGAGCCACUCGUCAGACAAUGCUUUCUGAGCACACGGCGGGACCGCAGCCCAUCCCACCUUUUUAAUUGCCUCGUCUCCCCUAGAUGCCCCACUCCUCACACCGCCUGCAUUGAGACUUGUGUGCCUCAGCCUCCAAUGUGUGCCAUUUCUGGAGCCUCACGGCAGACAUGUGAUUUACAGAGACCCACUUCAUUUCGUGACCUCCUAUUUACACAGAUCCUCAAUCUGGUUUUUAAGAGUUUUUUUUUUUUUUUUAUCCUUUUUUGGUUAAUUUAACUAAAGAAGUAUUUGCGGGCUGACCUUGCUAGCAUACCAGUCCAAUUCGUAUAACGCACAGUUGUAAAACAGAUGGUGGAGGUUGCGGGAGUACGGACCAUCCUCUCUGUCACGUGUUCAGGCAUGGGUGCCUCCGCGUGCUACUUUCACCAUCCUACACAAAGUCAAAAUAAAACU